AUGUAUGUGAAAUGGUUUGAUACAGGAAUGUUAUACUAUGUGAUUUUAGUGUAUUUAGUGAAUGUCACUUUUACAACUUUCAAAUUUCCCGCCAGUUCUGUCCCCCGUAGGAGGACAUUGCCGGGGAUGCUGCAGGAGGGACAUCGGAACGGAACCCGGAAGACAGAUGCUGGCAUUGGCCGGAGGACAUCGCGGGAGCGAAGGACAAGGUAAGAGAAGAAUAGAUCCCGGAGCAGCACUGCAGUGUAUUCCCAAGUGUAGCUCGGGGUUACCGCUUGUGGUGCUGAAACUUUACCCCGAGCUACACCCGGGAAUACCACCAGGGAGGUUA